CAAUUUCAGGGGGGUUUGUUUUUUGAAUGGAACCAAAACUUUUCCCUCCGAUGCCAGCUAUGCUAUUUUCCUUAAUGUUACGCAGGAAUGAAUAUCGAACUGUUUUCCAAGACUUGUGGGACAAUUCUUAAAUAAAGUGUAACAAUGGCAUGGUGAUACAUUCGUCAAGUUUUAUCAUACCUCGUUAGCGAUCCAGAAACAGCAAGAGCCCGGGAGCUGAGAACUGUGGGUCUCUGACUACAGUUUUGUUGUUGCUGCCAAGCCUCACCAUGACCGGGCGAGGGCGUGGUAGAGGGCGGGGUCAAUUGAGUUUCAACAUGGAAGUGGUCGGAAUUGGAAAAGGAGAGAAUCUUCCCCCGUCCACACUCCAGCCGACUCCACUAUUUCCUCCCAUGGAGCACAAGCCUGUGCCCUUGGUUGUGAGUGAGGAAGCAGAGUACAUGCUGGCUCUGAAGCAGGAGUUUAGGGGGGCCAUGAAGACCUUGCCCUUCUACAUCAAACCUGCUGCACCAAAGAAAGAUGUGGAGCGCUACUCUGACAAGUACCAGAGCAGCGAAACAAACGAAAACCCCUCCGAAUGGGAUCCAGACUGGAAGAGGCUGCCGAAAGAGCUACGCACCCGAACGAAAAGACUCCAGAAAGAGAAAAGUACCAUCACAUCCAAACAAACCACCCAACCCCGAAUAAACAAAGAGGAGAUUAUCCGGACAUUAGAGAUCGCACAGACUCUGGAAAAGAAAGAGGAAGCACACAGCUCAGACGAGGAAGACGGAGAGAAGAAAAAACAAGAGGAAGAGGCACCGGCGAGUGAAGAGGAGUAUAAUGAGGAAGAAUUUGAAGAGGAGACAGACUACAUCAUGUCUUACUUUGACAACGGAGAAGAGUUUGGAGGAGACAGCGAUGACAACAUUGACGAGGCCGUUUACUGAUAGUGAUUACUGAUAACAAGAGAUGGAGACAACAUGAGAAUAAGCACAUCACCAUGUCCUCUUCAUAGACCGGCUAUGUAUUGGUCAGCAUCCAGAAUUUUACUGUAUUAGGUGGUCCAGUCGGACGACAAAUGUGACAAGCACAUGAAGAAGAGGAGCACUCAUUCCUCUGUGUACAUUGAAUAUCCCGGGGAGGAUGGGCUGAGACCGCACACUCAACCAUCUCAACCAUCAUGCAGCACUCCAGCUUUUAUUGGAAACUCUUAUUUGCUGCCGAGCUCCUUCUUAAGAGCUUCCUUUUGUAUAUUGGACUAAUUUACUUCACUUUCGGUGUGCAUUAGUGCUCUUUGCGAACGUCUUUGUGGACUUGCUUUUCAAAUGUUACUGAUGAUAAAUUAUGUGACCUGCUUUUUUCAGUGUUUUACAAAUUGAAUAGUUUUACGCUUUUAUAUGCAAUUUUUUAUACAGUAAAAGGUUUUUUAGAAAGUUCUAGUGUUUUGACCUUUUUAACGUUUGACCAAUUACUCUGAAUGUUUUUGUGUAAUGGCUCAGAACAUGUCAGAAUUUGAGGGAAAUAUGUAUGUGAAAGAAGAGUUUAGAUGUUCCCUACUUGUUUGUACAGAAUAUAGUGUGUCUAUCCUGUUUGUCUGGCAGAAUAAUAACUGCAAUAAUAAGGAUAUUAAAAGAAUAAUGAAUAUGUACUGAAA